AGGUCAUGGCCCAGGGUGUCGAGGUGAAGCCAGUCCUGCCCACAGGAAGCCAGAAGGAGCUUGGCAAUCUGUCUGAAAAGAAAGAAGAGGAGGAGGAGCCAACAGGGGAGGCCUCUAGGGUUCCAAGGGCACCAGGCAGGGUCCACUUUACACAGGCCCUGGCGGUGGAGCAAGAACAAUCACAGAGUGCCAUGAGGCCACCGCCUCUGGAGGUCCAGCCUGAGGCCUUCCACAGGGAGGAGGAGGAGGAGUGUCUGCUUGAUGGAGACCUCAAGUUAGCCUCUUCCAAGGUGGAGGCAACUCCCUGGAACCGCCUUCUCUGUCUGUACAAGCAGCUUCAGAAAUCGGUCAUGGCCAAGCUUCUCAAGGAGGGCUUGCCCCAUGAGGAGGAGGAAGGAGCUGACCAGGAAAUAGAAGAGGACAGCUCAUUCAAGCCCUGUGUCCCAGUCACCCUUCAGUCACCACUGUCUAAAACUUUUGGUUCUACAGAAACAGUAGGUUUCGUGGAGUCAGAAUUAAAGAAGCUUCUGGCAGUACAGCGAGAGUCUCAUCUCUGGAAGUUGGGCAGCCAGGAGGGCCAAGAGCUACUGACUCAGCCAGAGAUCACCCUGGAGGAGGGACACCAAGCUGAGAGGGAAGGAGGCCACCCCCCAGCAUUCUGCUGGGGGCCUGGGGGAGAGGUGCUGAGGCCACUGAAGCUCCACCCUAGUCUGGAAGGAAAGCACGUGCUUCUUGAGGAGAUGGACAAGAUGGGAAACCGACCUCCAGAAUGAAGCUGGUGCUGGCUCUGAGUCUGCCCUGGAACUGGUACACAGGGUAUAUCCAAGAAGCCCCUAGGACCAGGGUAUCUUGGGACAAACUAUCCACAUGUCUGUAGGGUCGUCCUGCCCAGCAUACUGUCCCUGCCCAUCAGACUCAGGCCUGUGAUUUUAUCAAUAAAAAACUACUUUGA